AGUGGGUUUCUACCUGUUUGGGUGUUUCACCCUUCCCGUCCCCUCCCUCUGCCCGCCGUGUGCCGGGGGGUGGUGGGAUUAGCAGGGUCGCUGUUCCUCAGCCUCUCCGGAGAAAACCCGGGGAAGGGAGAGGUCCUUCACGCUCAUGGAUGCAUGGGGGGGCCCCACGCCCCGCUGGAGCCGUCGCCGCGGGGCCCGAUUGCUGCUGCUGCUGCUGACCGUGCGGCUGGGGAGCGGAGCUGAUAAAGCAGACGAUGAAGAUGAUGAAGAUCUAAUGGUGAAUAAAACGUGGGUCCUUGCACCAAAGAUUCAUGGUGGAGAUGUAACUCACAUACUGGACUCCUUACUUCAAGGAUAUGACAAUAAGCUUCGGCCAGAUAUUGGGGUGAGAACUACGGUAAUUGAAACAGAUGUCUAUGUAAACAGCAUCGGCCCAGUUGACCCAAUCAAUAUGGAAUACACUAUAGAUAUAAUUUUUGCCCAGACUUGGUAUGACAGUCGUCUAAAAUUUAACAGCUCAAUGAAGGUGCUUAUGCUUAAUAGCAAUAUGGUUGGAAAAAUUUGGAUUCCAGACACUUUCUUCAGGAACUCAAGGAAAUCUGAUGCUCACUGGAUUACAACUCCAAAUCGUUUGCUUCGAAUCUGGAGUGAUGGAAGAGUAUUAUACACUCUAAGGCUGACAAUUAAUGCUGAAUGUUAUCUUCAGCUUCAUAAUUUUCCUAUGGAUGAACACUCCUGUCCUCUGGAGUUUUCAAGCUAUGGAUAUCCCAGAAAUGAAAUUGAAUACAAAUGGAAGAAAACCUCUGUGGAAGUGGCAGAUCCAAAAUACUGGAGAUUGUAUCAGUUUGCAUUUGUAGGGUUACGAAACACAACUGAAAUUUCUCAUACCUUGUCUGGUGAUUAUAUUAUUAUGACAAUCUUCUUUGAUCUUAGCAGACGUAUGGGAUAUUUUACUAUUCAGACAUACAUUCCUUGUAUACUCACAGUUGUUCUUUCAUGGGUGUCAUUUUGGAUCAAUAAGGAUGCAGUUCCUGCAAGGACUUCUCUGGGCAUCACAACGGUGCUGACCAUGACAACACUGAGUACAAUUGCCAGAAAGUCACUCCCAAAGGUUUCCUAUGUGACAGCAAUGGACCUUUUUGUCUCAGUUUGUUUCAUUUUUGUGUUUGCUGCCUUGAUGGAAUAUGGCACCUUGCAUUACUUUACCAGCAACAGAAAAGGGGACAAAGGAAAACAAAAGAAGGCAAAAUCUAAGCCAUCAAAACCACCUGCAAUCGCUGUUCGACCUGGAUCAACACUAAUUCCAAUUAAUAACAUUAAUCAUCUCCCUGAACGUGAUGAUGAUUAUGGAUAUGAGUGCCUUGAAGGAAAAGACUGUGCUAGCUUCUUUUGUUGUUUUGAAGACUGCCGCACAGGAUCUUGGCGAGAAGGAAGAAUACACAUCCGUAUUGCAAAAAUUGACUCCUAUUCUCGAAUAUUCUUUCCUACUGCCUUUGCAUUAUUCAAUCUUGUUUAUUGGAUUGGCUAUCUUUAUCUAUAAAUUUCAGAUUUGACAAACUCAGAAAAAAAUUCUAAUUGAACAGUCAUUAAUACUUUUAACUGAGCAAUCAAAGAUUAGAGUUGGUCCAAAAUUACUUAAAUUGUAAUACUUUAAAAAUUUGAAACAAUGAGAGGAAAUAUGAUGAUGUAGUCUCCCUCUUGUGAUCAACUAUAGAACUGAUAGUGGUAUUUUGAAGAGAAAAUUUAAAAAUAAGAUUUAUCUUUCCUUAACACACAUACACAGUUUUUUCCAGCUCUAAGAAAAUGCAGAGUCAAGAAGCUAUGUUAUUUAACUGGACAGUUCUACAUAAGCUUUCAGUUUUAAUCCUUAAUGAUAAUGCAGAAGGAUUUUUGUAGCAUCUCUUACACCUUUACAAAGAAAGCCUUAAUAAAGUGAGAUUAGUUAGUCUCAUCCAUUUCAUCCAUAAGGUGAUGAUUUUAUUAAUCCCUGAUUUUAAAAAGUUGAAAUGUAACAUUUCCCUUUUCAAUCUGCAGUAUUUUAAAAAGCAUGAUUAAGUCAUAAUUAAUCAAUUCAGAUUUAUACAGAAUGCAAAUGUUAGAGCAGCAAGAAAUGGAUAUAUCAAAACACCCAAGGGUAAUUCUGAGCUUGUCUUAUCCUGACUGUUGAUAAAGGCUUUUGGCUUUCAGCCUGAGAUUACGUUUAUGUCUGUGCUUAAUCUCCUGUUACUUCACUGUUGUGAGUUCCCGGAAGUUGUCCAAGAGGGCUACAACUUUCAAAAAUUCUUACCCAGCUGCUAUUGCUUGCUCAUUUCAUGGAAAAGAGACUGGUGUUGGCUGAGAUUCUGAGCAUUAAACACAGCACUCUUCACAUCCUCUCAUUUGUCUGAUUCAUACUCAGUGCCAGAGAAAAAUGCAUACCUCUACUUUUGGCAGAAUUUGUAUCAGCAGGGUUUGGAAAACCUGUAACAGCGUUGUAGUCACUGUACUCAAAACCACUGUGUUAAAUCUCCAGCCCUGAGAGUGUAGUGUGUGAUCUGCUCCACUGUGCAUAUAGUAUGAUUUUGUAGAUUCUGUUUGUUACUGCAUAUGCUGCUCACUGAGCCAAAGCCAAGUGGUAUUAAUUUACUGAGCCUGUGGUAUGGAUUGCUGGGUAAUUACCUUCUUGGUAUUAGUUUGUUUUUAAUGGAAAGUCAUGUUAUGGAGAGGGAGUUAAAAUAUCCUUAUUCAUUGCAGAUCCUUCUCCAACGAUGCAUCCCCCAAAAAAAUCAUAGGACCAGUUCUUCAUCCUUUCUGUGGUCAGAGCUUUUCAUCACUUUGGUAGCAAUUCUUCAGUAGUAGCCUUUCUGGACUGCCUUCUCUUUGUUGACUGUUGCUGACUGGCAGCAUUUGGUAUCUCAUUUUUAUUUCUAAAUCCAUUGUCUUCAUUAUGGAAAAGUGCAGUCUUUCCUCCAUUCUUGAAACCAGUCUCAAGUGAGCUUGCAAAAAUCACUGUAAAAUGAAGAUAUGCAUUAACUAAAAGUCAGCAUUACACUGAAGACCUUACAGAUCUUUAAAGAGGAUUAAUGGGAUUAGCAUUUGGCUGUAGGUAAGGAUGUUCAGUACUAAAGAUAAAGACAUGAUUAAUAGCUAAGAAUAGAAAAUGUUACAUGAAAAGCCCACUCCCAAUAUUUCUGUUAAAUGUGCUCCUUCCUCUGAAUUUCUCAGAAAAGAUUAAUGUAUAUUUAUAUUCUAGUUUGUACCAGGCAUAAUAAGAUAUGAUAUGCAAUAUACAUUUCAGAGGAAAUGCUACUGUGGUGUUCAGCCCCAAAGUGUAAUAGAAAAUGCAAGACUGUGCAGUCAUACUGAAAAGAAGUGUGAAAGAAGAUCCAAUUUUAAUGAAAACUUUAUUUCAGUAUUUAACUGAUGAAAUAUAGGAGUGGUUGAGAGAAUCUGAAGGCCCACUGUCAAGGAUGGCUGACACUGUUUGUUGUGUGACCUUUCCGAGUACCAACUUCUGACUGGUAGACUAAGCAUAGCAAUGUGGCAUGAUUAUCAGCUCUGAUUUGCUAUAAUUUAUGGGUUUUUAGAGUCUCACUUUCAGAAAAUGUUCAGUCCAAUGGAAACAUGUCAGUUUUAAUUCCAUAAUGUAAUUUGUUGCUUUUUGACAGCACAUUAAACACAUUGUUCUGUAGGAGGUAUGAAGGUGGCGUCAGCAGCAUGUUGGAUGUGUACUUGAAAAGUAGUCAGCUUGCUACACAAUACAAGAUAUAGAUUUUGUGAGCCCCUGAGUUUCAUUAAUUCACCUUUAAACAAAAGAAACUUGAAAGAACUUGGCACUUCACAAGAAGAAAUACAAAUUUCACAGCCUGCUCUCCUCUGGCACAUCUAGUUAGCUUUUUCUAUUCAUGUGGUUGUCAGUUGCCAGUCAGCCUCCAGUGAGUGAAUUGGAGAACAGAAAACAUCCAGAAUUGGCAAGGGAUGGAUAAGAAACCUUUCAUCUCCAAUUUCUAUGAAACAAUGUAAUGGAGUAUUAAACCUAUUGAAUGUUAUGGCUGUUUGGCUUAUGGAUACACUUGCUUCUGUCUGUUGACAAACUUUUCUGUGUACUUCAUUUGUUUCUGAUGAAAUAAUUUUAGUUUCCCAUGGUACUGUGAGUGCAAAUAGAAACGGAAUGUAGUGAACUGUAACAUGGCAUGUAAUAAAUGUGUUAUUUUAGUCCUAUGUGUUUUCUUUCUAAUCUGCAUGUAAGCACUUGAUUCCCAGAAAUCUAAGUGAUACUCAAAAAAAUGGCAAGGAACAGACAGUAUAAUUACCUGGACCUAGAUGCUGCAAUCGUUUUUCAAACUUACGCAGAUAAAAGUUUGUUUACUGUUAGCUGGGAUCACAGUAUUUUGGAGUCAUAUUAUUCUGACCAUCAUUGCAUAAGCACAUGCUUAAACCUAGUCCUAGUCAGUACUGUUAUUAGACCAGAAUUCAGAAAAGUGAGUGCUUAUGUACUGUCAUAAAUAGUGAUGUUAUCGUGAAUUCAGGCCAUUAACACAUGCUUAAUUUGCACUAAUUUCAAUAAUGAGUGUUCAGUAGCUUAAGUAAUUGAACGCUAAGGAUGUGAGCCAGAGCCUUUUUCAGUAAGAGAUUUUCUCACUGAAAGAGGGGGACUUAAGAGGAGAAAUUGCCAUAAAGGUAGAGAGGCGAAAAAUUCUGGGGAAACUGUUUUAUACUGCACCUAUCUUAGGCAUUUCUUGAAAUGUAUUUUUCAAAAAAGAGACCUUUCCUUGAUAUUUCUGUAUUAGUGUUUACCACUUGUCUGUUUUAGUAGUGAGUACAGAUCAACGUGUUAUUUUUUGGUAAGGUUCUGUCUAUGAUUGUACCUCACUGAUCUUCAGUGCAUGUCUUUUGUGUCUGAAUGAAUCUGUUUUAUGUAGUGGCACUGCAACCAAAGCAUGAGCUCUGGGUAACGCAUUUUAUAUUCACAUGUUGAUAUGCUUCAAAGACUUUAACCUUAUCCAGUUUUCUGACAUUCAAAGAUAUGGGAUUGUGUAAGACUUUGAAGAAGAAUCACCUCCAACAUGGUUUUUAUAAUUUUCUGGUUUUUAUCUGGUAUGAUAGUAAAAACAGUUGUUUAAAAUUGAUAUAUGAAGUGUGCUUUGUAAUUUGUGAACACCUUUAACCUUACAAUUGAAAACCCAACAGGAGGAGUCUGGAUUUAAAUAUCUGUUUGCCAAAAGUAAAACAUGUUUUCUCAAUUGUAUUGGUCAUCAUUUCAGUUUACUGUUUCCAAACAACUGAGAACUAGGGCAAAUAAAUUUUUUAAAAAAUUGAUUGUUAAUGUAAUUGUACAUAAGUUAUACAUUAAAUAUGAUCUUUUAUGUUUGUGAACCAAUACUGUAUUUUUUAGUCAUUAUAAUAGAUACAGAAAAUAGAAACUAAUGUUGAAUUCCUCAGCUGAAAAACAAAAAACCAGGAAUUAGAAAUAAUUACUGUGCUUUCAUUCCUGAAAAAGCUCAGUGGAUGUCCACAUGCCCCAAUGAAUGUGCUGACAGUGGGGAGAGACUGACUUAAACGGAGAGGUAGAAUAGUCUCCAGACUGUAGAAAAGGCCUUUGCAUUGGUUCAUGUCAUGGAUUUGCUACCCAAGUGGUUCAAAUUGAGGAAAGUGAUCUCUGGCUUCUGAUUCAUUUCUAUCAGAAACUGUAGUUCUAAUGCUGUGUUACUAGAUGAAUCAAAACCUGAAAAAUCAUCUUAGUAAGUUAGUGUUUCAGCCAGAUUGGUGGGAUCAUCUGACUGAAACUGCAAGAGUAUGACGAAAUUUUGCUCCAAGACAGGUGAUGGGAGCUUGCAGCUAGAGGGAAAAGGAUGCCUUCUUAUGAUAGGCAUAUUUUAUUCAGCUGAAAAUCUGCUCUGAAAACUGGUGAGGAAGAAAGGAAAAGAUGGGAUGAGGUAAAGAUUGAUGGUGGCAGUGAUCCCAGAAUCAAGUUGCAUGGAACUGAGUGAAUUAUAUUUAGUUAAUAGAUUUCUCAGUGGAAUUUGUGAUAAUGCUCUUGAUUUCCCUGCAACAUAAUUAAGUACUUUUAAUAUUAAAAAAAAGGAAGAAAAUACUGUGCAUUUCCUAUACAUUAUGAGCAAUAAAAAGUUGUCUUGAGUGAUCAUAAUGUCAGACAGAAAAACAGAGAUCAGGUUAGAUCAGCAAAAGAUCAUCUUUUUUCCUCCUUUUUUUAUUAAUGAUAAAGUAUUUUUAAAAUUAGGGAGUACUAAUUCUUGAAAGCCGUAGUACCCAGGUGUCUACACUGCUGUAAGUCCCUUUGAGGGCUAAAAAAAUUUGGGAAUGGAAACUUGUCUCAGACUGCUUUCAGUCAUUGAAUCAGAGAGUGGGUAAGGUGGAUUAUGAUCAUGCCAGGCAUGAACCAGGAUAGCUGGUGUACCCCAGGGAGAUUGGUAACAGUUUCUUGUUAAAAGGGUGAUUUCUGCCUGAAAGACUAUAAUUUGAAACAGGGUACGUGCUUCCCUUCAGAAGAUGGAUCUGUGCUGUUAUUUCCAGAAUGAUGGAAAAGCAUCCCUGUCCUUAAUAUUUGUCUUUGCACAGGAACAGAUUCAUUGAGAUGAUUGUCCUGCUAUGAAGCUCUGAGGUAUUCCCCAUGUAGAGUAUAGGAGAAGAGUUUUGGUUGCACUCCUGGACAAGGUCUAUAAAUCAUGUCAUAGGGCUCAGUAUUGUGGUUCUUGAGCUGUCUUUUGGAUCCAUUACAAUGCUAGUGAAAAGUCAGUAAAUAAUAAACUUUUGAUUUUACUUGCUGCUAAAUCUCACUGAGAAAGUCAGAGAACUAACAAAGGCUUUAGAGGAAAUCUUAGGAGACAGGAGAGUGGCUAAAAGUGAAAUAGGCCAAAGGAUAUAGCCCUUUUUACCACAGAUGGGUUUUGUUCACUAGCAAUAUAUUGUUUCUAAAAAAAGUGUAAAAACUUCAUGGUAUUUUAAGGGAGAAAAAAGAUAUAUAAAAUUCUCAUUCCCCUUCCCACGGACAAAACGUGCUUUGCCUGCAGAUUUUGCUUAUGGUACAUCAACAUCACUUGAGCUGUGUGAGGAGAGCUAUGGGGAUGUAAGACAGAAGACCUGUAAACUGUUCUACCUUGUUCUUUCUCAGUUCCUUUUCUUAGUCAAGAAAAAAGAGGUUCAGAAGAGUAGGCAUGUGGCAUGUGUAAAUGAGGACAAUUUUGCUACUGACAACAGAGGAUGAGUCCCACUAUCUGACAGAACUGAGAGGGACAAAACUCUGCUUGCAGUAAUAAGGCUUCUCUUUCGUAAUUCUUUGUAGAAGCUACUUUUCCAUACAUCGCUGUGUGCCUACCUGAGACUCAAAAAUGUUUCAGGUUGGAAGCAAUUCUUUUAUGUGUUUUUGGCUUCACAGAAUGAUCUUUACCAUAAGGGUUUGAGCCUUGCUGAAUUCAAAAAGAAAGGUUUCUUCUUGAAGUUUCCUUGUCCAGACAUUGCAGGUAGGAGAUGUCUUGCUGCCAAACAUUGGAAAAGUGAUUUUCAGUUGAUCCUGCUGAAAAGGCGCUGUAGGGUGGCUUUGGGAUUCCUUCGUCAUUUAGACUUCAGAAGGUUAAAUUCUGUUAACAGCAAUGACCAGUAUUGCCUGAACAGAAGAUAAGUUACCUUUGCCAAUUAAAUAUUUAUAAACAAACCCCAAAACUGUCACUGUGGAUAGGAAAUGAGGAUGAGUCAUUAUUUCACUUCAGGUAUAUAUUUCCCCUUGAAUUGUUUUUCCUCCUUAGGAAGAUGGUAUAUAGGAGUCUUUUGGCUUGUGAAAUACAUAGAAAAUAGAUGAUGGUAAUUUUAAACAGGCAAAAUCAUGUUAGUCCUGCUGCCUCCUGAUGACACAGGAGCAGUAACAAUGAAGGCACUUGCCCUAGGGCUCAGAUUUUCCAAGACAGAUAAAUGUGGACAUUUGUAUAUUCAUAGGCCCACUAUUAGUAUACAAUCUAUGUUCAUGCUUUAGUCAUUAAAAAAAACUUUAAUGAUUUUUGCAUCUUUGCAGUAUCUUUUAUAUUUCCCACUCUUGUCCACUGUGAAUGCUUAGACUUUUUGUCUGAACAUGAAAGGUUAUGUCAUUUUACCUUUAAAUACAGUUUCAAUUGCUAUAGAAUAUAAAUACUUCCUUAAAUGAAAAUGAGGGAUCAGAAUCUGGCAACCUCGUGGUGAUUCUUAUACUGAAAAAUCUAAUAUUUAUUUUUAAUUACCAUUUCAAUUAAACAAAUAAUGCUGCUAUAGUUUGUAUUCCCCUUCAUUGACAUUUUAUAAACAAUUAAAAUUCAUGGUCUAAACCCAGAAUUUAGAGAAAUAUCCUUCAAAAAUAACACUCGUUGAUUUGUUGUCUCUCAGUAUUUAUUAUAUUGAGUUUCCAGUAUUCAAAUACACUCCUAAUGCAAAUCUCUGUCUUGGCAUCUACAGUUCACAUAGUGUUUCAGUGAGUCAGACUUUGCUCCUUACUAGUACAUUUUUUUUUCAUUCAGUAUUUAAAAAAAUGCUGGUAUUUUUAACUGCCUAAGUGAACAUUCAUGCAAUGCAUUUAAUUUGAUAGUGUUUUGGCACCAGUGGACAAUGUUGCAAUAUUAUACAUCAGUGUUCCUUCUGAAGUUAUUUAUUAAUGCCCUUGUGGAUAACUUACUGCAAGAAAUACAGAACAUUAAGAUAAGUCUUGUAACUCUCUGUGCAGCUUCUAAGGUUUAUAUAUAAAAUACAUGAUAUUGAUGCAAAUUUAUUCUUCCAUUUCAGUUUUACUUCCAGAAACCUCCUCAACUGGGCUAAUAUUAUUAUUAUAAGUGUGCUGAUAUUUACAGUUCUACUCAGUUAUUUGGUACUUUUCCAAUAGCCUUGGAAUGUAGCCAUCCAUUAUUAUAUUCAAUUACCUAGAAACAGUGAGGUAUCCUCACAGGAUUUUAAUGUGAUUAAGCCAUGACUUCUUCAACCUCUCCUAAAAUACAAUCUUUUGUGUGCAGUACCAAAACUAAAGCAUUUUUAGGUAUCAAAUUGAUUGUUACCUGCUUCUCGGUUUUGACAGUAUCUGUGUGCUUGGUUAGAGUGAAACACUGAUAUCAACAUUUUUAUAUUUGACAACAAUAUUAAUGAGCAUGGCUGAACCAGAAGACUUCAGAGGUGAUAAACAGAUGAUGUUCUUGGCUAAAUCCUACAUAUAUAAGACUUUGUGAGUGUGAUAGAAAUUAUAAUGGCAAUGGCAGUGACAUACAUAUAUAUAUCCGUAUGUAGACUGGAAAGCAAGAUAUGGAAACUUUUAUAUAUACAUCAGCUUCUGAUUGUCAUUUUAACAAGCUUCCACCCCCCAUAAAAACUGUAUUCUAAAUGUGACCACGAUGGUCCUAAAAAAAACAUUUAAAUUUACACAGUUAAAACGUAGAAGUGAUUCAGAAGCCUGAAAUAAUUAUGGCUCCGUUUGAUGGGUCUUGUAGAUUCAUUUUUAAUUUAACUCCUUUUAACUGAGGAAGAAAGAAUACAAAUGCUGUGGUUGAGAUAGACAUUGUUAUCACUAAAGGUAAGUAAAAAUAUCCUCAGUUGAUUUAUAUAUAUAUAUAUAUAUAUAUAUAUGUACAUACACAUACAUACACCUAUAUAUUGGUAGAAGCAAAUUUUUUAGUGCUGAGGAAGUUGCUGUGAUUGCAUUUGCAGAGUAGAUGGAUUCUGCUUUAUAUUUUCAGAACUCUGUUGGUACCAUGGUAAAAGAUUGACUCAGAAAUUUAACAUUUCUUAUUAUACUCUUAGUUUUUGGAUGCCUCAUUUUCUUUUGUGCAGUUUAAGACAUGAAUGAAAAAGACCUACUUUUCAAAUGUUUAACCCUUUCUAAAAAUUAUCCCUCGAGCUUUCAGUUUAGAGCACUCCAAAACUGAGUAACUAGGCAUCACUGAUAAGGUUUUAAAUAAACUAGAUUGCUAAAGAACAGUGCAGAAAGUUCAAAUAUGGUUCAAGGCUAGAAAUUUGUAGCCUUUUGUGGGAUUUUUCAAUUUAUUUUCUUAAGUUUCUUGAGACCUAGGGAGAUGUAAAACAAAUGGAGGGAUUUCACCCUGUGGUUGUUUGGGUUUUGUUUGUUUUGUUUUGUUUUCAGCAGUAUAACGCAUCAACUGCUAAAAGGUGAUUUUAGUAGAGGUAAAAUGAGGCUUUGAGACUGAUAACAGAAAUAAUAUUAAGAGGCUCAGAAAGGAAGUGCUCGUGGCACUCAUUAUCAGAAGGGGCUUGGUUGCACAAGGCUUUGGAAACAGAAUUUCUGAAGUAAGAUUAUGGGAGAUAGCUGGAUUAUAAGGAUUUCUAGAAAAAAACCCAGAAUUUCAGAAAUCUCUUGCCAGGAGAAGACUCACAGUGGUUUGAUGGAUAGGUUUUAGAGUUCAUUACUCUAAUGUGAAUGUUGAUGUCUAUUGCAUUUUCAUGUAAAUGUUGCAGUAGUCCUUGUGCGUUGAAUGGAAAUGGGCUUGCACCCUGGUGCAUGGUUCAUACAGAUGUUUCUGAGAUGUAAUCUGUAAUCUUCUAAAUGUAAAAAUCUGAAAGCCAUAGUCUUAAAAAAUAAAAAUAAAAAACUCAUCAUUGAAUAAUAUGUGUUCUGUGCAAAACGAACAGUUUAGAUGUUUGUACUCUGAUGUCUCUUAAACUGAUAAGAAUCAAGAGAGUUUCAACACUGAACUUUGUAAAGCGGUUGUAAUGCAUUGUUUUUACUGUAUCUGCUGUGAAGUUGAUUAGUUACACUGAAAAAAUAAAUAGUGCCUGGUUACUU